UUCUGAUGGGCAGAAUAUGGAGAGAGCUGAGAGCCCCACACCAGGACUGGCUCAGGGAAUGGAGCCAGGUAUGGGCAGGGUGUGCAGCUCCAGGAAGCUCCAGAGCAGCCUCCAGGGCCACUGGGAUUCCCAACCAAGCUUUCACUCCCACUCAUUCAUGUGUUUGUUCAGUCACUCCGGGGCUAUUUGUCAGGUGCUAGGGAUACUGUAGGGAACCAGGCUCAGUCCGGCUGUGUCUGGCCUUCCUCUCCACAUCAUGCUGGGCUCCUCACCCUGUGCUGUCUGGCUGCCAGCACAGGUCCUCCUGUUCCCUGGGUCUACAGUGUACCUUCCUGGCUCCUUCUCCCUCCCUCAGCUCUCAGCUUAAAUGUCACCUCCUCACGAGUCAGGCCUGCCUGCUCUGACCAUGCUCUAUACAGGAUACUCAUUAUUUUGUAAUUUUAUAUGUUUAUGUACAUAUUGCACGUGUCUCGUCCCCAAGAUUGUGAGCUCUUUGAGCACAGAGCGGUUGUACCCCCCAAUACCUAGUACAGUACCAAAAUCCUCAUAGAGAAUCAAAAUAUAUCUGUUGUAUUAUUCUGUCAAAAAAAAAAAAAAUCAGUAAAGGGGGACUGACAUGGUCCCUGCCUUAGGGGAGCCACAGUCUAGUAGGGCCAUUGCACUGGAGUGGGUUAGGAACUGUGGCCUGAGCAGGGUCAGGGAGACUUCUCACAGGGAAAGAGUCUCUGAACGCAGGAGGCCCAGGGCAAGGGGCUGGGUGUAGAGCAGUGAACAGCCAGGUUCCUGCCCCUAAGGAGGAGCCCCAGUGCAGCUUGGGAGAAGGAUAACAACUGACAAGUAGCACAAGAGAAAUCAAGGAGGGAGAUGUGAUAGAAUGCCGAGAAUGGGAAUUCGGGUGAGGAGGUAACUAGGGUGUUCGCUGAGAGCUGAAGUGUGACAAGGAGCCGGCCAUAUGAGGAGGUGGGAGUGUCUUCCAGGCAGAGGGAACAGCAGGUGCAGAGGCCCUGAGGUGGGCAGGGGCUUGUUGAAGGUGUCCAGAGAGCAGGUGGAUGACAGUCAGUGUGAGUGGAAUGGGUAAGGACUGGGAGGUAAGAGUGAGAGAAGCAGGCACGUACCAGCCGCCCCCGCAGCCAGGAGGGGUUGGGGUCUUAUUCCCAGUGAGAUGGGAGGAGACUGGUGGGCUCUCAGUUGCAGGGAGGCGUAACUCACGGCAGGCAGUAGCAGCAGGGAACAGCCACUUGUCUUGCGGGACAGGCAGUAAGGCUAGAGUGCCAUACUGGGCACCUUGCUCGCUGGGAAGGUGGUCUGCCAGCGGCUACCGCUCUAAGCACCAGUGCUUUUGGCCGGCAGGUGCCGGGCAGGAGGGUGCCAUGUUCGUCCAUGCCCGUUCCUACGAGGACCUGACGGAGUCGGAGGAUGGGGCAGCUUCUGGGGACAGCCCUAAGGAGGGUGCUGGGGGUCCCCCACCACUGCCUGCAGACAUGCGCCAGAUCAGCCAGGACUUCAGUGAGCUGAGCACCCAGCUGACGGGUGUGGCCCGAGACCUGCAGGAGGAGAUGCUGCCAGGAAGCUCUGAGGACUGGCCAGAGUCUUCCGGGGCAGUUGGGCGGCCAGCCCCAGAACCCCUCAGGGAGGGCGCAGGCGAGGGGGAUGAGGAGGAGGCCGCUGAGGCAUGGCGACUGCACCAGAAGCACGUCUUUGUGCUGAGCGAGGCGGGGAAGCCCGUGUACUCCCGCUAUGGGUCAGAGGAGGCACUUUCCAGCACCAUGGGUGUCAUGGUGGCCCUGGUGUCCUUCCUGGAGGCAGACAAGAAUGCCAUUCGUUCUAUCCACGCAGAUGGCUACAAGGUAGUAUUCGUGCGCCGGAGCCCACUGGUGCUGGUGGCCGUGGCGCGCACGCGGCAGUCGGCGCAGGAACUGGCGCAGGAGCUGCUCUACAUCUACUACCAGAUCCUGAGCCUUCUUACGGGCGCGCAACUGAGCCACAUCUUCCAGCAGAAGCAGAACUACGACCUGCGGCGCCUGCUGUCGGGCUCGGAGCGCAUCACCGACAACCUGCUGCAGCUCAUGGCGCGAGACCCCAGCUUCCUCAUGGGGGCGGCGCGCUGCCUGCCCCUGGCGGCGGCCGUGCGCGACGCGGUGAGUGUCAGCCUGCAGCAGGCGCGCGCCCGCAGCCUCGUUUUCUCCAUCCUGCUGGCGCGCAACCAGCUGGUGGCGCUAGUGCGCCGCAAGGACCAGUUCCUGCACCCCAUCGACCUGCACCUGCUCUUCAACCUCAUAAGUUCCUCCUCGUCCUUCCGCGAGGGCGAGGCCUGGACGCCCGUGUGCCUGCCCAAGUUUAAUGCAGCCGGCUUCUUCCACGCACACAUCUCUUACCUGGAGCCUGACACCGAUCUCUGCCUGUUGCUCGUCUCCACUGACCGGGAGGACUUCUUUGCAGUCUCUGACUGCCGCCGCCGCUUUCAGGAGCGCCUGCGGAAGCGGGGAGCCCACCUGGCGCUGCGGGAGGCCCUGCGCACGCCCUACUACAGCGUUGCUCAAGUGGGCAUCCCCGACCUGCGUCACUUCCUCUAUAAGUCAAAGAGCUCAGGACUCUUCACCAGCCCUGAGAUUGAGGCCCCGUACACCAGUGAAGAGGAACAGGAGCGGCUGCUGGGCCUCUACCAGUACCUGCACAGCCGAGCCCACAAUGCCUCCCGCCCACUCAAGACCAUCUACUACACAGGCCCCAAUGAGAACCUCCUGGCCUGGGUGACAGGUGCCUUUGAGCUCUACAUGUGCUACAGCCCCCUGGGAACCAAGGCAUCGGCCGUCAGUGCCAUCCAUAAGCUGAUGCGCUGGAUCCGCAAGGAAGAAGACCGCCUCUUCAUCCUCACACCCCUCACCUACUGAUGGGGACACAUGCAGGUUCAGUGCUCUUCGGCACACUGGGCCACGGAAGCCACGGGAGCCUCCAUGCAGGGUCGGCCUCUCUUGCCCAGGCAGCAGGCAGGGACUGUGGGUUGGUGCGUGCAUUAAAGUGCUUUGGGGAAGACACUC